UAUCAUGGCGUGAUUUUACACCUUUUUUCUCUCUCUCCGUUUGCAUGUCAUUCACAUUUCUUUGGGAGAAGAAAAGAAAUAGUGCCACUUUAAUUGUUGUGUCUUCCACACAUUGACUUAGAGCCACAAUAUAUAUACAUGGAUGGUGCAUCACAUUGCCUUCAUCUCCACAGACGACAGCUAGCUAGUCAGCCAACUUGUUGAUCACUCCAACUUACAGUGACAAGUUGCAGCAAGAAACGCCAGUAGCUCGAGUGAUCACUGAUCACUAGCAAGCAAUCUUGGUUUUCGUCGCGUGCUAGCUCGUCACACACGAAUGGAGCAAGAGCAAGUGAUGUCCCAGGAGAGCAAUAGCUGCACCUGCAGCAGCAGCAGCAACGACGCGAGCUCGGCCGCCUGCAGCUCGCUCAACGCGUCGUCGCCGAGCUCCGUGGACUCCGGGAGCGCCGGCGGCGGCGGCGGCGGCAAGAAGCGGCCGCGCAGUGAUCACCUGAAGCACCCGACAUACCGCGGCGUGCGCAUGCGGAGCUGGGGCAAGUGGGUGUCGGAGAUCCGGGAGCCCCGGAAGAAGUCGCGCAUCUGGCUCGGCACGUUCGACACCGCCGAGAUGGCCGCGCGCGCGCACGACGUCGCGGCGCUCGCCAUCAAGGGCCGCACCGUGCACCUCAACUUCCCGGACCUCGCGCACCUGCUCCCGCGCGCCGCCUCGGCCUCGCCCAAGGAUGUCCAGGCCGCCGCCGCGCUCGCCGCGGCCACGGCUUCGCCCGCGCCCGCGCUCUCGCCCACGCCAUGCCACGACGUCGACGCCGCUGCCGAUGACGAGCCCGAGCCGGCGGAGCCUGAGCAGGCGACGGCGCCGGUUUGCAUCGUUGAGAACGGGACACUGCAGCAGGACGGCGGCACUGGACUAGACUACACGUAUUUCACCAUGCCAGAUGCUCUUCUAGAGUUCGGGUUCACGUUGCCGCCGCCGCCGCCGCCGUAUUAUUGCGGUUCGCCGUGGGAUGACGAUGCUGACGAUUUCUUCUUUGGUGAGCCACUGGUGCUCUGGGAACACUGACCACAACGCCGGCACGGUGAAUGCAUGCAUGCAUGGACAAUAUUUCCAUUUUUGUCAAAGCAUGCACGGACUAUGUUUAUUUUAGAUGCUUUCUGUCAAUAUCUAGGUCAACUUGAGAGUGUUACUGACCACUUGGCUUAGUCUCUUCCACUCCGAUGAGGCGAUGAUAGCAUCAUUAGUUAAAGAUUGGACCAAUAUGUUGAUUUUUGUCACAUGUCAAUAAAAUUCAUAUAUAUUGUUUUACUAAAUAUUAUACUCCCUCCAUCUACUUU